GCAGCAGCAGCGGCUCUGAUGAGAUCAGUCAGGAGUCUGGCUCUCUAUCUCGCUCACAGAGCAGCGGCGCACUGGCAGCUAUCGAGCGCAUCCGUGCCGGGAUACGAUAGGUUUCAUACGGGCAUUCGCUGGCGGGGAGACUCGACUGUAUUGUAGCGUUAAAGUAGUGUGCUGCUCAUGUUUUUUUAGUUUAAUGCGUUAUACUGUUGACUGCUUUAUAGGCUGUUAUAUAUGUAUAUUAGUAGUUAUAUGACAGUUGGGGUUAAUUGGAUGUUCACCCCAUAAUAGGCGCAUAGAAUAAAUUAUAUGCUAAUGGUAGCAGCGCAACUGCACAACUCAGGUUGUUUAGUCAUUUAGGUGUAACUGGACAUUGUGAGACGUUUAUCUUUAUUUAAAAACACAAAGUCACAGUGCGGCAUUAGACAUGAUGAUGAACAUUGUCGUGGAGUUUUUCGUGGUCAUGCUCAAAGUUCUCUGGGCCAUCGUGAUGGCCGGACUCAAGUGGCUCAUACGGCCGAAGGAGAAGAGCGUAGCGGGACAGGUGUGCGUGAUCACCGGGGCGGGCGGCGGACUCGGGCGGCUCUUCGCCAAGGAGUUCGCCCGGCGCCGGGCUACACUGGUGCUGUGGGACAUCAACAGCCACAGCAAUGAGGAAACUGCGGAGAUGGUGCGACAGAUCUACAGAGAGCAAGACAACCCGAUGACAAAAGAGGGAGCUGUUGGUGGAGUGGAAGAAGUCCCUCCGUUCCAGCCGCAGGUGUAUACGUACGUGGUUGAUGUGGGCAAGAGGGAGAGCGUGUACUCCACGGCGGAGAAAGUGCGGAGGGAAGUCGGCGAAGUGGACUUGUUGAUCAACAAUGCUGGUGUUGUGUCCGGCCACCACCUGCUGGAAUGCCCCGAUGAGCUGAUCGAGAGGACCAUGGUUGUGAACUGCCAUGCACACUUCUGGACCACCAAGGCAUUUCUUCCCAAGAUGCUAGAGAUGAACCAUGGCCACAUUGUGACAGUUGCCAGUUCACUGGGCCUUUUCAGCACAGCUGGUGUGGAGGAUUACUGCGCGAGCAAGUUCGGUGCCAUCGGCUUCCACGAGUCCUUGAGCCACGAAAUCAAGGCUUCGGAGAAGGACGGUAUCAAGAUGACGCUGGUGUGUCCUUACCUGGUGGACACGGGCAUGUUCAGAGGAUGCAGAAUAAGGAAAGAGAUCGAGCCAUUUCUCCCUCCAUUGAGACCAGAGUUCUGUGUGAAACAGGCCAUGAGGGCCAUCCUGACAGACCAGCCCAUGAUCUGCACGCCUCGCAUUGUAUACAUGGUCAACUUUAUGAAAAGCAUUUUGCCCUUCGAAGCAAUCGUGUGCAUGUACCGGUUCCUGGGCGCAGAUAAGUGCAUGUACCCCUUCCUGGCUCAGAGGAAAGAGGCGAUGAACAACAACGAGGCCAAGAAUGGAAUCUAGAGGGCGCCGUUUCUAACCCACAAGGGUACAUUUCUAACCCGCAUGAGGAUAAGACCACUGAGAGAGGGCAGAAGGAAGUGAAAAGACUGCGUUUAGACUGGUGCACUUGCAUUUGGCAGAUGCAAAGGUUUACCAUAUUGUUCCUCUGGAACAAAGAAAGCUGUGUACUACACUAAGGAUUUAUUUGUUGAUUUUAUGUUUUGUGUCUUUUUUAAGGUUUGCUUAAUGAAACCAUCCAUCUAUAUACUGUGUCAAUAGUUUUGAAAUCAUACAUGAGCUAUUCAGUAAUUAACUAUUUACGUAAUGUAGUCACCAGCAUUAUCUAGCGUCUUUGUGAAACUAUACAGUAUGUUACUGUAUGAACAGUAAAUUUGUGUCACUUUUUUUGUUUUGUUUGUGUGUAGACAUGCACUGUAUUUACUUUCCUCUACACUGCCAACAUUAUCUACACCGUGGCUCCGUGCCACUCCGUUCCCCAAUCCGAUCCAUUUAAAGGCAGCGGCAGGAGAUUGUGUGUCCGAAAGGGUCCAGUUAUGAACCAUGUGAUGUCUUCUAAGAAAUAUUUUACAUUGUUUCCCUCCACAUUUCUCUUUGUUGACAUCAUGAGAAGUACAAGUGGGUAAACCGCUGGUCUGUUUCCAGCUGCUGGCGGGAAGGGAGUGUAUUUUGUACUCUAUAAUCUACAGACAGAGGCUUAUGAUAUUUUGUAUAUGUAAACGUAUGAGAGAGUUGGUCAGUCAUAAAGGCCUGGUUUUCUUCCGUCACUGAACGUUUAUAUUUAGGCCUGUUUUGAAAAAUUUGGUUACAGAUCUGUUUUUUCUUUUUUUGUAAUGGAUUCAUCAUGCAGAGUCAUUCACGUUUCAAAUUCAUGUACAUUACCCGUUGGACCGUUGAAAUGUUUUCACACAUGUAUGUUUAGGCAAAAAAAGGACAAAACACGAGUUUAAACUACAUUCCAAUAGGCGUCCUUCACCGACUGUGAUGAGCCUAAAAUCUCUACCUCUUCAUUUUUGCCAUUUGUUAACAGUAUGACAUAAAUACUCUUUUGUAACUUUCCUAAAGAGUGCUCUAUAGAAGAGCACACAACAUGGUUCCAAUGUUUAGUGUCUCUACCUAACUUAAAUUAAUAAAAUGAUUUAGAUUA